AAACUUUUUUUCAAGUUUUGGUAUAAGCAACGACAUUGUAUUGACAAGUCAAAAAGGAAAGAAAAAUAAGGAAAAAGAAUGGCUCGUACAAAGCAAACAGCUCGUAAAUCAACUGGAGGUAAAGCUCCAAGAAAGCAGCUGGCCACAAAGGCUGCAAGAAAGAGUGCCCCGUCAACUGGUGGUGUUAAAAAACCUCACAGAUACCGACCUGGUACUGUUGCCUUGAGAGAGAUCCGUCGUUAUCAAAAGUCGACUGAGUUACUUAUUCGCAAACUUCCCUUUCAAAGAUUGGUGCGAGAAAUUGCCCAGGAUUUCAAGACUGAUCUGAGGUUUCAAAGCGCAGCUAUUGGAGCACUUCAGGAAGCUGCUGAAGCUUACUUGGUUGGACUGUUUGAAGAUACUAACUUGUGUGCUAUCCAUGCUAAACGAGUAACGAUCAUGCCUAAAGACAUUCAGUUGGCUCGUCGAAUUCGUGGUGAACGAGCAUAAAGCCAUGCGUGGUUUUCAAAGUAAUUUUUAUUUAUUGUAAACACAGACUUUUUGUAAAUAUUAUGUUGUGUGUGACUAAAUCUUUAACUUUUUUGGUAUCUUAAAAUUUUAAGAUUUUAGCAGAAGGUGACUUCUCUUUCAGACAAGUAUAAAGUUUUAUCCGAUGUCUUUUUUUCUGUGCUGCUUUUUUCAAUAUCAAAACAUUUACGUUGUUUUGGGCGGUUGGAAAGACUUUUAUUUCAUGAGCUUUGUAUUCAGAUUUUAAUGUAAUACACAUCAAUUUUAUACAA